AUGGUUGAUGAAGCCACGGCUGCUAGAUUCGCGCAGGUUGCACGCGAAUGCGCGAAAACGUCUAAGGAGGCACUUGAAAAUGCUGAAAAGUUUAUCGGCGUUCUGAAAAACGCUGAAACAGGCAGAGAGGGCAUCAGCUUGUUGGAUGUGAAGAAUCGUGAAAUGCUGUGCUAUAUGGCUGAGUUGUCGCUACUGAUGAGCCAAAUGAGCUGCGGGAGAUCCAUUAAAGAUCAUCCUGCUAGCCUCAACAAUGGUGAAGCAAAAGUCUCCUUGCGUGCCAGGCCGGAUCAAAUGGAGUUUGACGACGAUAAUGAGGAGUCAGAAGAAGAUCAAGAUAACGAGGAAGAUAAUAAGAAGCCAAAGAAAUAUGUACCACCAAAGAUGAUGGCGAGGACGAGGAUGGGCGAGAAGCAAAAGCUAUGGAAAAAGCGAAGAGGCGUGCACUUCAAAGCAGUCUCGUCCAGGAACUCAGACAAGCAAUACAGUGACGCUCCGGAGGAGUUUAGAGAAAAGAGUCAGCGAAAGUUCAAUGCUGACAAAGAGAGGGAAAGAUAUGAGGAGGAUCAUUUUGUCCGUUUGCGGAUGAGUUAA